AUGGAGGAGUUGAGAAUAGUUCUGCUGGGGAAGCAAGGUGCUGGAAAGAGCUCAACAGGAAACACUCUACUGGGAAGAAAAUCUUUCCACACAGCAGCCAGUUCACAAGGGGUGACCCAGGCCUGCUCCAAGAUCACCAGCACCAUACAAGGAAAUAGAAUCAGUGUUGUAGACACUCCUGGAUGGACUGACCUCAUUCUAAUGGAGAAUAAAACCACACAGGAGAUUGCCAAAUGCAUUGAUCUUUCAGAUCCUGGUCCCCAUGUGUUCCUCCUGGUUCUUUCCAUCGGACGCUUCACCAAAGAAGAAAUCGACACAGCUCAGCAGAUCCUGGAGGUCUUUGGGGAAGAAGCCGGCAAGUACACAAUGGUGCUCUUCACCAGAGGAGAUGAUCUGGAGGAAAAGACCAUCGAAGACUAUUUAGAAGGCAACCAUCCUGACCUGAAGAAGAUCUUAGAUCUUUGUGAAGGAAGAUACCAUGUGCUCAAUAACAGAGACAACGAGAACCACAUGCAAGUCUUCACUCUACUGGAGAAGAUCAAACUCAUGGUUAAAAGAAACAAAGGCAGCUCCUACACAAAAGCUAUGUAUCAGAAGACGGCAGACCAAGUGGAAGAAAAAUGGAAAAGGGAAAAAAUGUUAAAGGCAAUGAUGGAAAAUGAAUAUAGACGGCAAAUGAGAAAUUCAGCAGUGGGAUCAAAUGAUGAGGCCAAGCUGCAGACUGUUUAA